UCAAUGCCUGGUGGUACAGGAGGUACAGGAGGUAUAGGUACAGGUUCAACAACAAGUACUACAUCGACAUAUAGUAGAAACACAUCACAUUCAACAUCAAAUACACAAUCAUCAUCACCAUCAUUAAUAGAGGAUCAGUAUAAAGCUGCCAACAAACUAUUGAUGGCUAUAAAUAUAGACUUGGAACGUGUUGAACUUGGUGUUGACAGCACCGUCAUCAAACAAGAGAAGAUACAAGCGGAUAUCAAUCAACUAUCAAGGAUUGCAGAUCAGUUGGAUGGCAUGGUUGCCAAUGAGUCACCAGCCAACAGAGACCUUUGGAGAAUUACACUACUAACAUUCAAUCAUUCAAUCACUUAUAGUAAGGUGAAGAAGUUAACUGAAGAGGUCAAGUCAUUGAGAAAGUCAAUGGAUAUGUACUUGCAAAGGACUUACAAGAAACAGAUAGAGGAUGAGGAGAGAUCGAAACUAUUCUCUCGAAGAAAGGAUACACAGAACAGCGCAUUGAGCAACCUAAUGAAGGAGAACGACUUGCUGAAAGACAGCAAUCAAACAAUAGACGAGAUGACAGAUACGGGAAACAGUAUCAUUUAUGCCCUGGCAGGUCAGAACUCAAGAUUAAAGAGUGUACAUAAGAAGAUAUAUGAUAUUGCGAAUACAUUGGGACUAUCUAGGAAUGUGAUCAACAGGAUAAAGAGGAGACAACAGCAGGACAAAAUAUUUGUAUAUAGUGGCAUGGUCAUUGUGUUGAUCUUCCUCUAUAUCAUGUAUUAUUAUUUCCGA